AUGGUCCGAUAUGCGCGUCAGCUAGUGCGCUUCAGCAGCAAUCCCUGCCGGUCAGGUACCGGUACGGGACCUAGAGUGUUGUGUGGAGUCGUGGAUGGGAGGGACGUGAGGGAGAUCUUGGUGGCCACCCAGGGUGACAUUUUGCUCGCAUUUUGGAUCUCAGGAACAAUUUGGGGUUAUGCGGAGUCUGCUCUGGUUAUUGGUCCCAUCGUCAUAAACUCACAGGCUGGGGAGUACCUGAAGACCCUGGAAGACAUCUGGGAGCAUUGGCAACAGGAGCUGAAGAACGACAACGGCGACGACGACGUGUGA